GCAGCGCAGCGCACCGCGGAGCGCGCAGCUCCGGACGCACCUGAACAGUCAGAGCGCAAGACAGCUUUUCACCUGCUCCGCGCCACACACACACACACACACACCCUCUCUCUCACACACACACUCCUCUGCUACAUUCGCCACGUCGUCUCUGAUGGAGAGAGGAAGAAUCUGACGGAGUCACUGUUGAUGUGGGAUAACACCUCUACCUCUGUGGCGUCUCUCCCAUGGACCCAGAUGAUUGUUUUUUUGGGGGGCGGGUGGGGGGACUCGCGCGUCUUGUUUCUGAACGCUUAAAAGGCGACUUUUGAGAAAGCCUCGAAACUCCGCGUGGCACGUGAACGUCGCAAAUUGAGCUCAGUGUUUAAUCGUACUACAAUGUCCCAGAACAUCAUCUGCGCGGAAAACUUGAAGGCAUGCCGCACGUUGAGGGCUGCGAGCGCGAGAGCGAGCUGAAACAGAUGGACACGAGCCCCAAAACACACUGGAGACGUGCUGGGUUACUGAAUGGGUGACGAGCUCCCAGUCACCUCACAUACACCGUGAAGUCCCUCUCCCAUCACGUUGUACAGGACAGGGUCCCCCCACAGAGUUGCAGGGAUGUACCAGGAGGUGGCCUUCCUGGCAGGCAGCACUGAGCACCAGUUCACCACCUUUCACUUCAACCGUGUAGAGAACCCACAGGAGGUCACCUCCAAGAAGGGCCUGUUCUACAAGCGAGCCCAGCUCCUGCUUCACCCUCAGCCCCGCCAACAGGAUGGAGAUGAGAUUGGCCUGGCUGAUGGGGCGGCCAUUAUCAACGUGGGGGGCAUCAAGUACCGAAUCCCCUGGUCAACGCUAGAGGAGUUUCCCUUAUCGAGGUUGGGCAAGCUUCGCAGCUGCAGCAAUGAGGCCGAGAUCAUGGAUGUGUGUGACGACUACGAUGGCAGCCGCAACGAGUACUUCUUUGACCGGAGCCCGUCGGCUUUCCGCACCAUCGUCACCUUCUUGGCGGCGGGGAAGCUGCGGCUCCUGAGGGAGAUGUGUGCCAUGUCCUUCCAGGAGGAGCUGCUGUACUGGGGGGUGGAGGAGAACAACCUGGACUGGUGCUGCCUCAGGAAGCUGCGGCUCAGGCAGGAGGAGUACAAGGAGCAGCAGAGGCUGGAGGAGGAGGAGGCCGAGCUGACGACCCCACAGUCCUGCGAGGAGAGCCAGCAGCCUCCCGGAGUGGGGGCACAGGACGAGACUCGGGCGGGGGGCUGCAUGCGGAGACUGAGGGACAUGGUGGAGAACCCCCACUCCGGCCUACCGGGGAAGAUCUUCGCCUGUCUGUCGGUGUUAUUUGUCGCCAUCACCGCUGUGACGCUGUGUGUCAGCACCAUGCCAGACCUCAGAGAGGAGGAGGAGAGGGGUGAGUGCUCUCAGAGGUGCUAUAACAUCUUUGUGCUGGAGACGGUUUGCGUCGCCUGGUUCUCCCUGGAGUUCCUGCUGCGAUUCAUCCAGACGCAGAGCAAGUGUAUGUUCCUGCGUACGCCUCUGAAUGUCAUCGAUGUGGUGGCCAUCCUCCCGUACUACAUCACCCUCAUCGUGGACUCUCUGUCAGUGGGAGGGAAACCUGUGGGCUCAGGGAACAACUACCUGGAGAAGGUUGGGUUAGUCCUCCGAGUCCUGCGAGCCCUACGGAUCUUUUACGUGAUGAGGUUGGCCCGGCAUUCCUUGGGCCUCCAGACGCUUGGCCUGACGGUGAGGAGGUGUACGCGGGAGUUCGGCCUGUUGCUGCUGUUCCUCUGUGUGGCCAUGGCCCUUUUCUCCCCGCUGGUGUUCCUGGCUGAGAGUGAGAUGGGUGCCAAACAGGAGUUCACCAGCAUCCCCGGGAGCUACUGGUGGGCCGUCAUCUCCAUGACCACGGUGGGCUACGGGGACAUGGUGCCUAGGAGCAUCCCCGGCCAGGUGGUGGCUCUCAGCAGCAUCCUGAGCGGCAUCCUCCUCAUGGCCUUCCCCGUCACGUCCAUCUUUCACACCUUCUCUCGCUCCUAUGUGGAGCUGAAGGAGGAGCAGAGCCGGUCGCUGAGGCAGAAACCUGACUCACAGGACAGCACCAAGUCCCAGAACAGCGAGGACUCUCAGGAGACGGACAGCUAUCACGGCAUCACGGAGGCCGCGGCCUCGUCAGUGCAGCGGAGGAAGUCCAUGGCCAUUCAGAGGGCUGCUGAGAUUAGAGCAUCCAAGAAAACUUAGCUGCUCUUACCAUCUGUUUAUCUGUGUUCAAGUGGAAGCCUGGGGGGCGUGGGGGGCAUGACACCCAGUGAUGAAACUUCAAAGAUGACAGCAGGAGGACUGAACAGGGAAGAAAUUUUCCUCUCUGGAGUUUGAGGUCUCUGCUUUGAUCAUGUGAGGCGCUUGUGCACCAGAGUGUAUCUGAGUUUCCUAAGUUCUACAGAGGAGCUGCAGAGGUCUCUUUACCGCAAAUUUGACUUUAAAAGAUGGGUAACUAUACAAUAUUCAUGGUUAAACUACUCAAGUCAAAUGAGACUGAAAAAACUGACAAAGACAGUACUCUCACUGACUGCAAUUCAGAUUUGAGACAAGUCUGUGACAAAGGGAAAUCUAAAACCAAAACAUCACAUGAUGUUAUUCAGACCUCAGACUAAUAAUGAAUGUUCCUCAUGUAGCUGCAUUUGAGAGGAUUGUCUUAAAUAAAAGUGUUUGUUCAGAUGUCAGACAUGCAGUUUAUUGUUGAUGUGGAAUAUCAUCUCCAUUCACUUUGUAUUGUAUUAGGACAAAACUAAUGGGUGACUGUAAGUGUAUAUGUAGACAAUGAUGUCGGCAUAUUUCUUUGCAAUAAAGCAGAGCUAAAUAAUCUACAACAAAAUAACACAAAACUGUCUGUCAAAGGGCUAUACAGUGUGUUGAGAAGUUUGGUUCAUUGGUAAAUGACAAGAGGGCUGAUAUCAAUCUCAUCUGUCUCUGCUUGACAGCUCAUAUGCUGAUUUUUUGGAAGAAUCAUUUCACAUUUCUCUUUGCUUCUUUGCUGAGAGUUAGCUGAGAUCAUUGGGCUAGUCACAUAUCUGUGUGCCAAAAUAUGAAGGGAAAACUGAGUUAAGCUAGCAUUAGUAUAAGUUCAUUGGUUGCCUGGCAACCUCAAAGUUUGAACUUCUGGAGGUCCGAAGUGUUGGUUGUCUGCUCUUUUUUAGCUUUAAGAUGAGCCAAGCUAGCUGUUUUCCCUUGUUUUAAAUCUUUAUUGUUAGCAAAGCUAACCAGCUGCUAGCUGUAGCAACACAUUCAGUCUAAAGAUAUGGUUGUGAUCUUCUUGUGUAAUUCUUGGCAAGAGAGCAAAUCAUUUCUCAAAAUGACCUCUAACUGGCUUUUUCCAGAGCUUUCAACCGCAUCUCACAGUCUUCAUCAGCUAAUAGAGUUUACUCAGUUGUCAUGGAUUUGAUUCAGCUGUUAAUAUAUGACCUAAGUAAAGACACCCCCUUGAAGAGGAAAACUAGCACAGUGUGUGACAUUGCAGCUGUGAGGAACUCCAUUUGCUGAUGAAAGCCAUGAGAUGUAGUUGAAAGGUCUAGAAAAAGCAAUUAAAUGGACCUUGACUUAAGAUUUUUUUGUCAACAGAGUUGGGUUUGGUUGUUGCCUUGCUAAAGAUACAGUGUUGGUCAGUGUAUCUGUCCACUGAGACUGACGAGAAACUGCCAAAACUGUUGUAAAAUUGUGAAAUCUGGUAUAAAUGUUCAUUUUUAUUUAUUGGGCUAUUCAGGAUCCAUGGAGGAUGAGUCUUAAGGAUUUUGGUGAGCCCUUAAAAUUUCACUGUAUGUGUCACUGUAAUGAAUAGCAAGUUCUUACUUCUAAGUUUUUGGAUAUGACUUGUGAUUACUUACUGUCUUUGAUGAGAUUUCAAUGAGAGAAAUGGAGAUUACACUAUGUUGGUGCCAAUCCUCUUGUCACAUAUCGGUGGCCGAAAAAUUCUAUAAUCUACACUAAACAAGUCAGAGAACACUUAGUGAUAGGCUGACUCUUUUUUCAAAGUUGCUGAGUGAUUGUGACAAAUAUUCCACAUCCACUGUAGGGCAGUGAAAACAACAGAUCUCAAAAGCUAAAAUCUAAACCCCAUUUCAGGUGUUGCAAAUAAUUGUCAGUCUUACAUGAUUUCCUCAUAUAACUGCAAAUACAGCACCUAAUUUUCUUUGACUUGAGGACCUUGUGUUUUGCAGUGACACAUUAAAAACCCAUUUCCCCAAAUUGUUGUCAAGUUGGAACCAAUCAAAGCAAUGUAAGUGCUUAAGAGGGGAAAUUAGGUUUAGAUAUUUUUAAGAUGCUGCACAGAUUGUGAGGAUCUGCUUAGUCUGUCAACUCUGAAUCGCAGUCACUGAAUUAACUGAGUCAUUAAAAAGCAUGAAAAUAUUACACAGAACACUGUUAAAACUAUUAUAUAUACAAUAUUUAGGUUUUAAUGAAAUUAUUGUUUUGAUGAGGAGCAGAUGGUGCAAUGAGACAUCAUUUGAAUAGAGACCCAAUUUAAAUGGAUUUGUGCUUUGCGUCAUGAAUCCAUAGCCUGAGGAACAGCUUCUUUUGAAAAAUGUAAUAAAGAUUAUAAUGAACACAGUCCCAUGUGGAGAGGCUUUGAUUUAACAAUUUAUUAUACACACGGAUGCUCUCAAAUUUGCAAGACAGUGCGUGCUGUACUUCUGCACUUAGGACAUCUUAAAUUGGUUUGUCUGUGGCUUGCUUCAUGUUUCUUUCCACAUCCGUUAUUAAUAAUAAAUUGAUUCUUUUUGCAGGAGUGAUGUCGGCUCAGUGCACUGUAGAUACUGACAGUGCUUCAGUGAGGAGUUCAAUUUCAGACUAAUUCAAAGGGUCCUUCAGUUCACACUUAAAGCUCUGUGAGGUCAUGCUCAGGAUCAGGCUGCUGAAGGGAAAAAUAGAACUUGAGCUGAAUUUACCUCUUGGUUGUGAGAAUCAGCGGCUUCAGUCUACGGCACUUCCACUGUUUGUAUCGAAAGCCAAAACUAUGAAUAACAAGUCAGCGAGAGGGUAUUUUGACAGUUGUAGAGACAUAAGAAUUUACCCACCAGACACAGCAACAUUAUAAUUAACAUGCCCCAUGGAUUUAAGGUCAAUAUACACUGUUUUAGCUCUAUUUUGGUCUCCACCUAUGUUGAAAAUGAUCUGACUCUAGGCUUUGGAUUUCUUGACAUACAAAAGUGAUUCAUGGGGCUCUAGUAAGAGUUUGGAGGGAGGUGUUGUCUUUUUUUCACUUUCCAGAAACAAAAACACAGGAACAAAAAUGUAAGGACUGGAUUAAAAUUUGUCUACUCAAAAGCUGUAAAUGUUCAUGUGUGUUACUUACUUAGGAAAUUUCAUACUACAUUAUUUUCUAUGGCUACAGGUUACAUUAAAAAACAAAUAAACAAACAAAAAACAAAAAUGUCUGCAGUUAGCAAUCCACUGUGGAGUAUUACCUCUGUGUGGAAGCCAAUCUUGGAUGCAGAUAGAGUUUAGCUAAUGUUAGCUGCUGUGUCUUGUUAUUUAUUGGAUUUGGGGAAGUUUGCAACUAGAAACCCCAGCUCAGUGUCAAAAAUAGUAUUAUAUUUUCCAAGCACACAAUCCACAUCAACAAAGUCUCUUUGCUUGUAACAUACUAUUGAAAAUAUGAACAACUAAGCUAUCAUAUAUUUAUGUGUAAUUGCAAAUUACACAGUCGUUUAAUCACUAUAAUUAAUUAUUGGGCCAUCGUAAACAUAUUAGCUAACAGUUGCUUAUUGACCCAUCCAGACAUUACAACGCAACAUUAGCAUUCUUUUGGAGUUGUGUUUCUGGCCAUCUUUUAGCUCUGUUUUUAGUCUCCACCAUUUCCUUGGUGAAAUAUCUUGCUCUUUAUUCCCUGGCUAAAAGCUCCAUCAUCAGCUAGUUGCUAACUGCGUCUCUCUGCUGUUUAGUGCUGAGCAGGUAGUGCACAGUGAGUUUUUUUUCUCUGAAAAUGAUGCUUUGAAAGUGCUGCAAGUAAGCUUAAUUUAUGAACUGGACUGCUAAACAAUAAGCUGAAACUUGCUAAAAAGCCCUCAACCUGCAAAUUCAGGUGAUAAUUCUCCAUAGAGUCACCUCUACAACUGACCCCUUUCAUUACACACUGUCAUCUGAUAAAUUGGUAUUACAAAAUAUUGAAAUAUUAGCCACUUUAAGUAUCCAAGCUCAAAUAUUUGAGUAGGUACAUUUUAUCUCAAGUGUAUGAAUAUGAGACCCUGCCAUCACAUCUGGUUUGAUGCAGUGAUGCACUUUUGAAAAAGUUUGAGGUGACAAUGCUAAUAUGCGCUCAGCUCGAGGCACUGGAGGAUUUGCUGGUAUCAGACAUUUUACAGUAUUUAUCACGCAGGGAGGCUCUCUCACGCUCCCGCUCAAAUUCCUGAGGCACUGAGCAAAAUUUGGGCGGCUGCUGAGCUUAAAUCAAAGAUAAAUGUUAAAGCACAUUUAAGGGCCAAUGUGGUUCUGUUCAUAUAUAUAUGUGUUAUUGAUAGGACAGUAAUACAUUUUCUGUUAAGAUUUUCUCAUUGUUUUAUGCUUUGGAUUAGCAUAUUAAUACAGUAAAACAACUAACAUCAACACAAAAAAAAUCAAUCCAGAAAUGUUAUUCAAGCAUAAUCUAUAGGAGACAGACAUGUCUUCAUUAAUGGCACAUUAAAGUAUUAAAAAGAGAACAUUAUGGAUUUGCAUGGAAAAUGCCUUUUCACACAUAUCUUUUUACUUCUUUUUUGGCUGGUACGUGUAUUACCUGUGUACCAUCUCCUCUGUGUAUUAGAGAACUUGAUGCAAAAGCCAAGCACAUUACAAUUUAUGUGCUUUUUAUUGCUUCAGAUGGCAUAUGCCUAAAGCCCAAAGACCAUCGGCUGGUGAGCUUAUUCUUCCUUUGACAAUUGAUAUCUGCCAGAGCAGCACCGCAGACGGGAGCGACGGUGGAUGUCUGCUCGACUGACACAAACAUCUCCAUCAAACAAAACAUGACACGAGUCUCUCCCCUGUCCUCUUUAUUGGGUGACAAUGUCAAGUUAGAUUCUCGACAAUACUUUGUGUUUAGACAGCCUCAAGUGUUGAUGGAUGUUGUAACUUACUGGGGUAGACUGCUGGCAUUUUAAUAGAAAAAUGAAACACAAAGAAACAGAUGUAACAUAUUAAAAAUAGCCUUAAAAAAAUCCUUGUAAUAAUAUUUUUGGUACAUUAACUAGGUGUGGGUUUCACAGAUAGGACAAUGCAAAACUUGGCGGUUUCUGUGUGAAAGUACCUUCACAUGAUAAAAUAAAGGAAUCAAAUGACACAAAACAAACGUUUUUUUUUU